UGAGUAAGACCUGAGUCUUCCAGGCUGAGACCGUGUUCUUUAAUUCAGAACUCCAGAUCUUUAAGGAAGCUUUGGCUUACUGUACUGUCAGUCUGGGUUUGAAAUCUAGGAGAAUGGCAGACAUAGACAACAAAGAACAGUCUGAACUUGAUCAACAGGAUAUGGAAGAUGUUGAAGAAGUAGAAGAAGAAGAAACUGGUGAAGAUGCCAACAGUAAAGCUCGGCAGCUGACUGUGCAGAUGAUGCAAAAUCCUCAGAUUCUUGCAGCCCUUCAGGAAAGACUUGAUGGUCUGGUAGGAACAUCUACAGGCUACAUAGAAAGCUUGCCUAAAGUUGUUAAAAGACGUGUGAAUGCUCUCAAGAACCUUCAAGUUCAGUGUGCACAGAUAGAAGCAAAGUUCUAUGAGGAAGUUCAUGAGCUGGAAAGAAAGUAUGCUGCUCUCUAUCAGCCCUUAUUUGACAAGCGAAGUGAAAUCAUCAAUGCAAUUUAUGAACCUACAGAGGAAGAAUGUGAAUGGAAAGCAGAUGUUGAAGAAGAAAUUUCAGAAAUGAAAGAGAAAGCCAAGCUUGAAGAAGAAAAAAAGGAUGAAGAAAAAGAAGACCCUAAAGGAAUUCCUGAGUUUUGGCUGACAGUAUUCAAGAACGUGGACUUGCUCAGUGAUAUGGUUCAGGAACAUGAUGAACCUAUCCUGAAACACCUAAAAGAUAUAAAAGUGAAAUUUUCAGAAGUUGGACAGCCUAUGAGUUUCACAUUAGAAUUUCAUUUUGAACCAAAUGACUACUUCACAAAUGAAGUAUUGACAAAGACAUAUAGAAUGAGGUCAGAGCCAGAUGAUUCUGAUCCCUUCUCCUUUGAUGGACCGGAAAUCAUGGGUUGUACAGGUUGCCAAAUAGACUGGAAAAAAGGAAAGAAUGUUACUUUGAAAACCAUUAAGAAGAAGCAGAAACAUAAGGGUCGCGGAACAGUUAGAACAGUGACAAAAACUGUUUCUAACGACUCUUUCUUCAACUUCUUUAGUCCUCCUGAAGUUCCUGAAAGUGGAGACCUGGAUGAUGAUGCAGAGGCAAUCCUUGCUGCAGACUUUGAAAUAGGUCAUUUCUUGCGUGAACGUAUAGUCCCCCGAUCAGUGUUAUACUUCACAGGAGAAGCUAUUGAAGAUGAUGAUGAUGAUUAUGACGAAGAAGGUGAAGAGGCAGAUGAUGAGGAAGGGGAAGAAGAAGCAGAUGAAGAAAAUGAUCCUGAUUACGAUCCAAAAAAGGAUCAAAACCCAGCAGAAUGCAAGCAGCAGUGAAGCAGUGUGUACGUGGCCUUGAGGAUUACCUGCACUGUAAUAGCCUAAACACAACUAUUAGUUACUUACAGCCUUAUGUUUUGUAUCUUGGUAGAAUUAAGUAACCAAUUUGUUAAAAAAAGAAAUCAAACACAUAAGAACCAGUUUAAAAUGUAGGUUCAAUCUACCUAGCAUUUUAACAGUAUAAUUUUCUGCCAAUAUGUAGAAUGCAGUAAAUCCCCUAAAGCAUGAAUGUUAAUUCAUUGCUACAUAGUUUGGUUCUUGUGAAGUCUUUGUCAUGUAGCUAUUAGACUGCAGCUGUAAAGAUUAUCAGAACUGUUAUUUGAGACCAAUAUUUGUUUAGAGAAAACUCUCUCCUGAAGAACCAACCAAAGUAUUUUUCAGCCCAGUAGUCUGAACGGGUUUAAGUCUGCUUGCACUAGCUGUGCCUUCAUUACUUUGUUAUAGAAAUGGCAGUGACUUGUACUAACUAGGAGAUGAUGACGCAUUUUGAAUUUGACUACUUGAGAAGACUAGUAUAACUUGUUUAAUUUCCAACGAGACCACAUUAAACAUUCAUAACUGUCAGCUUGUUUAUGCUAUGGGUUUUGUAUUUUAUGUGACAUAGUGAUCUACAGAAGAAACCUAGUCAUCAUAUUAAGGUUAUUGUUUACCACUGGGGUGUGAAUAAAACCUAGUAUUUUCAGAAGCUAGUCUUGUUUUAUUAUGAUGUGUGUAUCUGCAUGUGUAAACUGGUAAGGCAUAUCUUUCAUGCUGCAGUUCACUUUUUACUAGAUAAAAAAGUUGAGAGUUACUGAGGAGUAAAUCAUAUAGCAUUUUAAAAACAAACACAAUAGCUUGGGAAGUUUGAUCUAUGCUUUCCAUUUGCAGUGUGAUAUUUGUGGAUCUGAGCUAGAUGUUUCAGUGAUUGGUCAACAUUGCUGUUUUGGAGAAGACAAGUUUUUAGAAGUGGGGCUAGAUCUGAUAAAGGACUUCGGUGUUGCCAUGCCUGACUCUAAGGCAUUGGUUAUUAGUAUGAAAUCUGGAACCAAGAAAGGUGCCUUGGAUUUCCAGUCUGUGUAGACAGAGUUAGGUUGUCCUGAACAAAAUCUGCCCUGCAGCCUAAGGGAGUGCUAGAAGACCCAGCUGUAUUCUAGUUUGUGCACGCUGUAUCGAGCAUCUGCAGAGCAGGAUACAAACCCAAAGGAAUUCCUCUCUCCUCACCUAAUGUUCUGUUCACUAUGCUUAGUUUGCAUGUUCGGGUUCAUACUUUGUCUGUAUUGAAUGUUAAUUGUCAGUUGAAACAUAUAGGCUAGGAGAUCUUUCCCACACUAACCUUCCCUCUAGUCUAGCAGUGGAGGUGCUCUUGAGAUGAAUGUGCUCAGCUUGAAGAAACCAUGAACUGAUGUCUGCCGCUUGAGUUUUCCCAGUCAGUAAGAUUUUACUGUACUCUGUGCAGUCCUGUCCUUCACAUAACUAUAGAAGUUCUGAUCUUCUAAUCAAGUACCCAGAUCGCUUUUUGAGGGAUGGAAAGGUCCUCGUAGGGUUGGAAAGAAAUGUCCAGCCUAGUCAUGGAUCUAUUUCUGCAGUAGCUACUCUUUUUUUUUUUGCCUUUUUUUUCCUUGCCACUGAUAUGACUUAGCCAUAAAGGGUUAAAAGUAAGAGGCAACAGCCACAUGAGGAUGGGGCUGGUGGAAGUUUCUCUAGCAUGUCUCUUGCUUGGAGGGUAAGUAAUACAGAAUGAAGCUUAUCCCAAAGGGCCCUGCUGAAUCCUCAGCCCCCCUGAGAGGAAGAAGCUCUAGUGUGCUCUGACUAAACUGAUUUUUUUUUUUUAAUGCCUUGAAGCUUAAAUACCACACUGCUUCAUUUCAGAAUCCCUGUCAGGCUUCAUCUUUCUCCUCUCUGGAUAUUUAUGGAUUUGGGAGAAGGAGCUCUUUUUAUCUGUAGCUGUAUAUAAAAUAGUACUGUUGAAGCUGUGCUUUUAGGGGUAACCCAUAAAUCAUAGCGUACAAAAAUACAGUAGUGGAAGGUUAACAUCACACUCUCUGGUAGCUGUGUGUUAAAGUAGAUGUGGUUGUGUUCUUGUGAUGCAGUAAAUCCUGGCAGAAUAUGCUUAUCCUUCGAGGCAUUGACCCUGCCGGGUGUUUGGCUAUCACUUGGUCUCUUCUCUGAACGUCUCCCAAGAUUAAGUUUAAACUUAAAACUUCAGGGCAUGCGGAGACCAAACUGAUGGUGUGUUAUGAGGUUGAGCAAUCAUUAAUACUGGGCUUUGGGGUUCAUACUUUUGGACAUGAGAAGUAUCUGAAGUCCUUAUUUAGAUCUAGCCCAUUUUUACUAACAGCAUCUGGCAACUGUAUCUUAAAAAGAGAAAGCACUGUUAAAAGUUGUCCGAUGCAUUUCAGAAGUUACUGUUCUUGAGAAAUUUGGCUUGUGUUUUGAUUGCUUUCUCAUUAAAUAUCUUCCUAUCACACAACGGGAUACAAUAUUUGAAAAGGAGUUGGUAGAUAUCAAAGUUCACCUGCAGCCUGCAAGAUUCAGAGCCAUGAAUCCAUCUCUGUUGCCAAAUUUUGGUAAGCUUCUCUCUAAAUUGACUUGCUAGUUCUAAAUCAGCAGUUCUUGUGCUCUCCAGACUGCAGCAAAAGGAAGGAUAUAAUCAUACAAAUUGAGGUGCCAGUUCUUAUGGCAUCAGUUAAAUAAAAACUGGUUUGGUGCUUAAUGUAGUUUUGUGAUCGAUGACACUUUUGCUUAGCAAUUCUGAAAGGCAGUACGUAGCAGGAACAUUAAACUUGCAACACUGACUGGAGUAUUGUGACUCAUUCUUUUCACUUCUCAUGGAUUUAUACCAGCUGUAGAUAAACUGUUUAGUAUUUGAGGAAGAUAAGUUACCUUGUUAACGAGUUCAGGCCAGGAAAAAGUGUCACUGAAAUGGGAUUUCUUGAUCAGUUGUGGCGGUACUGCACCAAAAUUUAAGACCUGUGUAAAUGAUGUCUUCUGUUCAGUUUAGGUUGUUGUAUUGAAGGGAGAAUUAUCUUGGGGAAAAAUGGAGCGUUGGUGAGGAAAAAGGUGGGAGAAUUAACUCAGACUUUAGAUAAGAGGGAAGGGCACUCAGAGCUUGUGCUUCUUGGAGAGGGAUGCAUCUUGGUAACUCUGCACUCUCAGUAA